GAUAUUUCUAGGUCAUUUUUCCUUCUUUAAAAAACAUUGAAAAGGAAAGUGUAAACCUUUAAAUUGUUUUACCUCUUAUUUAUUUGAUACCAAUGCAUCAUACAUGAAGUUAUUUUUUAUAGAGUUUAUUUAACACAUUAAUUAUUGUAAAAUUUUCGUGGAUUUUGAAGACUGUAAAACCAAAUUUAUAGACGCUAUGUGGUUAUGGGAAGUUGGCAACCGCGUUGGAAUAAUUACAUAUUUAUUUUAGGUCUCUUAAUCUAAUUUAUAUUAUAUUUAUAGAAACUUUGCAAUUGGCUCAUUUCAAUGAUCAAGCAAUACCCGAGUUUGGCUCGUUAUUAAUUAUUAAUUAAAUAAAUUUAAAAUGCAGGAGAGAAUCAAAACCUAUGAUCGGCAGGAUUCCCGUGGCUGUCACUCGUCUGGAUCGGCUUCCCUUGGUGACGAGACACGGAUAUAAUGGCUUCACUUCAUCUCCUUCCACCCCUCUCCAAAUUUUGUUCCUCUCUUGCUCCACUACCUCGCCGUUAUUCUCAACGUGUCUCUUCCUUACCCUCGCUUAGUUUCACAGCCGGCGCAAGGCCUUUCGUUUCUAAAUCCUUCGUUAUCCGUUUUGCACUAACCGAGUCGGAUUCUCCCAAAUCCUUAGAACCCGAUCCUCGAUCUCUCCUCCAAGAAAUUGCUGACAGUUUCGAUCUUCCUCGGGAUUAUUUUGCGCAGCUUCCACGCGAUCUUCGAUUAGAUCUCAACGAUGCCGCUUUUGACCUUUCAAACGGACCUAUUGUGGAUGAGGUUAGUAACGGUUAUUGUUGCCACAAUUACCAGGAUUUUCCCAGUUGAAAAGCGUUUCUAUGUCUGCUUUCUGCUUGUUUGCUGUAUGAAUUAAACGGGUGUGCUUUGAAUUGUUAUUUAUCGCUUUCUGAUAUAUGUAAUAAAAAUAUCUCUUGAUGAUCCUGAUGGAAGACAUCCCCGAAUGAAUUGACGCUUACCUGCGAUAGAGUGAUUCCUUCUAUCCUAAUGCAUUUUUUCAUUUCCGAAUUACAUUCUUGUAUGUGUUUCAAUGCCUUUUCUGUUUUUAGUAACUGGAAAUUCCUUCGUGCUAUUUGGAAACGAUUUUUUUUAUUUUUUA